AUGUCUACAUCCUACUUGCGCCUUAAUCCACUUCCAUUCUCUUCUCUGCCUCCUCAUCCGUCCCUCAACAACAACCGGCAAGAACGAGGGCAAGAAGACAGCCUCGGCCUCAAACAAUUCCUAACAUCCAUUUUCAGCGAAGCCACAGCACUUAUCUCAUCUACCACAAACCCUCAGACUCAAACAUUCAAACCAGACCGCAAACCACGCUCCUCAGCCCCGUCAACCGCCAAAGUCCAACUUCUCACUUCUUCAUCUUCUUCCAGCGGCAGCAGCAAUGACUACUGGGUCUGCCGCAAAAGCAUCCAUGCCGACAAGGCCCAAAAAGGGAGUGCUUCCUGGGCCGAGUUCGAGCAUGGAUUGAGAGAGAACCACUCCGAGAACGAGAUGGAUUAUACGCCUAGCGUGGCUUCGGUAGAGCAUUUGGUGCAGUGGCCCGUGAUUGAUUCUCUUGAAGAGUGGAAGGGAGUCGAUAUGCAUGCCGCUCUGAUUUCACCCAGGACAUUUAUUUCACUUGUCAUUUCUGCCUAUGAGCCAGCUGCUACCGCUGAUGCUGCUGCUAGUCCUGAUAACAACAGCAAUGAAACCCCCCUCCAAGGCUUCUAUACGAUUCAAAUCCCGCUUUUGUUCAAGAAGGAGUCGCGGGAUAAUUUGCUGCCAGAAUCUCUCAGAAGUAAAAUCACAUCUGCCGUGCCUAAGAAUACCAUUUUUGCGCAUUAUGCUAGUGUUGAGCGUGUCCGUUUGUUGCCUGCUGCUAGUACUACCACUGGAGAGAGCAGUGGUAGUGGCCAGCGCAUUGAAUGGAUAAUGGCGACUACGUCGGAUGCGGGAGGCCUUAUUCCGCAGUGGGUGCAGCGGAGUUGGACAAUGGGCGGGGUGCCCAAGGCGGUUGUGGCUGAUGUGGGACUGUUUCUGGGCUGGGUUGAGAGGAAGAGGUCUGAUUCUUGA